AUGCCGUCCGCGCUCGCGUCGCUCGCAGCGCUCGCGGCGCUCGCGGCGCGGUGCGCCGCGCUGCGGCCGGCGCUGGCCUUCUCCAAGUACCAGGGCCUCGGCAACGACUUCCUCCUCGUCGACAACCGCGACUCCGCGACGCCCAAGGCGUCGCCGGCCGAGGCCGCGGCCCUGUGCGACCGCAACUUCGGCGUCGGCGCCGACGGCGUCAUCUUCGUCAUGCCCGGCGAGAACGGCGCGGACUUCAAGAUGACCAUCUACAACUCCGACAGCUCGGAGCCGGAGAUGUGCGGCAACGGCAUCCGCUGCCUCGCGCGCUACCUCGGCGAGCUCGGCUGCGAGGGCGCCAAGGACGGCGACGACGAGGUCUUCACCAUCGCCACGGGCGCGGGCCCCAUCGUGCCCGUCGUCCGCGGCGACGGGCUCAUCACCGUCGACAUGGGCGAGCCGGAGCUCGCGGGCCCCAAGGUGCCCUGCGCGCUGGCGCCCACGGACGGCGACAGGGUCGUCGACGCGGCGCUCGAGGCCGGCGGCGCGACCUACGCGGUCACGGCCGUGUCGAUGGGCAACCCGCACUCGGUGGCGUUCGUCGACGACGCCAAGGCCGUGGACCUCGGCGUCACCGGUAAAGCCGUCGAGCUCAACACGGACGCCUUCCCGGAGAAGGUCAACGCGGAGUUCGUCGACGUCGUCGACCGGUCCCACGUCAACAUGGUCGUCUGGGAGCGCGGCUGCGGCGUGACGCUCGCGUGCGGCACGGGCGCGUGCGCCGUCGGCGUCGCGGGCGUCCUCACGGGCCGCACGGACCGCACCUGCGAGGUCAUGCUCCCCGGCGGGCCCCUCGAGAUCGAGUGGCGCGAGUCCGACAACAAGGUCUACAUGACGGGGCCCGCGGAGUUCGUCUUCUCGGGCUCCGCGCCCCUGCCGGAGCAGUAG